AUCCCCCCUAUAUAAACACCACAUACAUGCAAAACUCUUCAUUUCAUUUCAAAUUUCAACACACACAGUUUCACAUUCAUCACUAUAUCUCAGCAGAAAAGAUAAUACAAGAAACCAGACAUGGCAAAUGUUGUUAGAGAUCCUCGUCCUGUGGUCAGAAAAUUCCUGGCUAGACCUCAACAUGAAGGCGUCGGUGCUACUGUCAGAAGAAGCAUUGGAAGGUUUGAGCUGAAAUAUUUUGACCCUUUUCUUGUACUCGAUGAAUUCUCAGUUUCUGCUCCUGCUGGAUUUCCUGAUCAUCCACACAGAGGAUUUGAGACAGUCACCUACAUGCUUCAGGGAGCAGUGAGACAUGAAGACUUUGAGGGGCACAGUGGCACCAUAGAGGCCGGUGACUUGCAGUGGAUGACUGCAGGAAGAGGGAUUGUCCACUCAGAAAUGCCUGCUUCUGAGGGUACUCAAAAGGGCUUGCAGUUGUGGAUUAACCUCUCCUCCAAAUAUAAAAUGAUUGAGCCAAGGUAUCAAGAAAUGAACAGCAGGGACAUAGCGGAAGCAUCAAAAGAUGGGGUAAGAGUCCGAGUCAUAGCUGGAGAGGCGCUGGGAAUCAAGUCACCAAUAUACACCAGGACCCCUACCAUGUUCUUAGACUUCACUCUCAAGCCCGGGUCGCAGAUUCGGCAACCCAUACCCGAAUCAUGGAACGCAUUCAUUUAUGUGUUAGAGGGGGAUGGCAUAUUUGGGACUGCACGAUCUUCGGCUGUAUCAGCCCACCACCUUGUUCUUCUUGGCUCAGGCGAUGGGGUGGAGGCCUGGAACAGAUCCUCGAAACCACUCAGGUUUAUUCUGGUGGGAGGUGAACCGUUGGGUGAGCCAGUGGUCCAGUAUGGUCCGUUUGUAAUGAACAGCCAAGAACAGAUUGAUCAGACCAUUGAGGACUAUGAGAACUGUGCGAAUGGAUUCGAGAAAGCAAGACACUGGAGAUCUGAGUCCAAUGUUGUCUUUGGAUAUUAGUUUAUAUGUAACUCAAUUGUAUUUUAAUAUCAUUAUUAUUUCAUAUAUGUUUUGUUAGCGCUCAUUGAAAUAAAUAUUUUUCUUUUUUUGUCUUUUUUCACAAAAUGGAA